UAUCAAUCAACCCGGCCGCCCCCGCCUCUCCGCCGCAACACAGCGUCACACAACCUCACACUCACAGCACUGCAACCAUCACCAGCAGAGCUCUCACUCUCUAGGCUCUAGCCCACCAAGACCUGCGAGACCCCGCGAAGAAGGAGGUCAGGACUCAGGAGGACAUGGCGGGUGCGGCGAAGGCGUCGUGGAUGGUGGCGAUGAGCGUGGGCGCCGUGGAGGCGCUCAAGGACCAGGCGGGGCUCUGCCGCUGGAACUACGCGCUGCGCUCCCUCCACCGGGCCGCCAAGGCCAACGCCCCCAGCUUCGCGCAGGCCAAGAAGCUGGCCCCGGCGGCGGCGGCGGCGAGGAGGCGGGCGGACAAGGCGGAGGAGGGCAUGAGGACAGUCAUGUACCUCAGCUGCUGGGGACCUAAUUAGGGAUGGAUCAUGGAUAGGUCCUCUGUUUCUACUUCCAGCAAGCAGCAACCGAGCUCGGCUUGAGACCUCGCCGGCCGGCUGCUGCUCCUGAUUGUAUCAUACCACGAUGAUGAUGAAAAGUUUUGCCACUUUAUUCGAUCGAGUAUAUAUAUAUA